GGGGCACAUGCGGACAUACAUCCGCUCUUCCCGUCUUCAAAUCUCUACUCACUUCCUCCUUCCUUUUUCCUUUUUUCCCUUUCCCAGAGAGAGAGAGAUCGAGACAGAUCUAUCUCUCUAAUAUCCUGACGAUAUCUUCAGUAGCCGUUGGGGAUUUGAUUUAGAGAGAGGGGAAUUUUGUUGGUGGUCGAUUGAUUGCUUUUGGGGGGGAUUUUGGAUUCGAUGGUUUUUUUCUGAGAAAUCACUGCUUCUGUUUAAUCGAUCUGGGUUCGGCGAAAGGCUGGGUUGACGGAGAUUCUCUCUCUGGUGGAGUCUGUUCGUGUGAUUUCGAGAUCAGGGUGGUGAAAUUUUCCUGGGUGUCUUGUAGGCGGAAGGUUUUCAAUUCGAUUUCAGGGGGGUUUUAAAGCGUUUGCCGUGAAAAUUUCGCCCUAGGUAACGAAGAAAAUGGCUGGAUCAGACGAGAACAAUCCUGGAGUACUCGGACCAAUGAAUCUCCAAGGGGGUUUGCAAGGUGGUGGUGGAGGAAAGUCCAUGCCGGCGACUGGGCAGACUCGGAGAGCACUCAGUACCAUUAACAAGAACAUCAUCGGAGCUCCACAUUAUCCUUGUGCAGUCAAGAGAACACUGUCUGAAAGGAAUGCCAUCUGCAGUAAGAACGACCCUCCUCUUCCGGUGCAUCGACCAGUUACCAGGAUGUUUGCUUCUCAAUUAACUGACAAAAGGCAGCAAACGCAGCAGGAGGAAACCAAGAAAUCAGUCUCGAUUUCUGGUGAGUCGGCCGAUAAAAUCAUCAUCGAUGCCGACGAAGGAGAAUUUAAUGAGCCAAUGUUUGUUCAACACACUGAAGCAAUGCUUGACGAGAUAGACCGGAUGGAGGAGAUUGAAAUGGAAGACGUGGAUGAUGAUGAUGAUGAUGAUGAUGAUGAUGAAGAGCCUUUGAUCGAUAUAGACAGCUGUGACAAGAAUGAUCCUCUCGCGGUGGUUGAAUAUAUCGAUGAUCUGUAUUCCUUCUACAAAGAAAAUGAGUGCCGAAGCUGUGUCCCACCAAACUACAUGGAGAAUCAACAGGACCUAAACGAGAGGAUGAGAGGAAUUCUCAUUGACUGGUUGAUCGAGGUGCACUACAAGUUCGAGCUGAUGGAGGAAACCCUUUAUCUCACAGUCAAUCUCAUUGACAGAUUUCUAGCAGCUCAGGAAAUAGUGAGGAAAAAGCUUCAGCUUGUUGGUGUUACAGCUAUGUUGCUUGCUUGCAAAUAUGAAGAGGUUUCAGUUCCGGUGGUAGAUGAUCUCAUUCUCAUAUCCGACAAAGCUUACACCCGGACAGAAGUGCUCGAUAUGGUAAUAUUUCAGGAUCAAAACAUACGAUGCUUCAUAACUAAAUGUCAUAUUCUGAGAAAGAAUAAUGGUGUGAAAAUGAGAGAGAACAUGUGUUUCUUCUUGCAGGAGAAACUAAUGGUUACUACCUUGCAAUUCAACUUCUGUCUUCCGACUCCAUAUGUGUUCAUGAGACGGUUUCUGAAAGCUGCACAAUCCGAUAAAAAGCUUGAGCUUCUAUCAUUCUUCAUCAUCGAGCUUUGCCUGGUGGAAUACGAGAUGCUGAAGUACCCUCCAUCUCAAUUAGCAGCAUCAGCGAUCUACACUGCCGAGUGUACGCUUAACGGAUUCAAGCAAUGGAACAAGACCUGCGAGUUGCACACAGGGUACACUGAAGAACAGCUACUGGAAUGUUCGAGAAAGAUGGCCACUUUCCAUCAAAAGGCAGGGACAGGGAAACUGACUGGUGUACACAGGAAGUACAGCACGUCCAAAUUCGGUUAUGCUACAAGAAACUUACCAGCUACUUUCCUUCUCUAACUUUUUUUAACAUCGAAUGUCACAAAAUGAUCUAUUAUAAUAAUAAGCCAUUUUGUCAUAACAUGAUCAAAGUCAGUUAAAGCAACCAAAGUUGCCCCUGUCGAGUGGGUUUAAUGUCUGAAAACGUAUGUAUCUGGGCGUCUGAGUCAGGUUCUUGUUCAAUCCUUUUUUAUCCUCUUUACUUAUGAGCAAUAAAGGAUUGUUAGCCAAAAUUCUGCUCUCUUUAGAUUUCCUUGUUCAUGACUAACUUCAUUUCUGAAUGCCAAUAAAGCUGUUUGGCAAUAUCUGUCUCUGUAUUUUCUGUAUUUUAGCUGAAAAAAAAUUAAAUUUCGAAGAGAAACCAAGUAAAAAUUUUCAUAGUACUUCAAUGUCAUUCUGCAGAAUUCAUGGUGGAAUUCGCAAAAGACCAUCUGAAAACAUGUCAACAUUCCAACAUCUUACUACCCAAAUACAGAAACAAAGAGCAUCCGGUCAUCUCUCUCUCUAUCUGUCCCAUGCCCUCGUUAAUGUCAAACAUUGGUUUUGCAGAGAAAA